AUGCAUCCUAUAGAUUUCUGUACUACUGGCAUGUUCAUCAUUGAUGACAUCUACCCUGCCCCAUCUGCUAAAGACCAGACUCCUUUUCUGAACAUUCCUGGUGGUGCUGGUACCUAUAGUGCUCUGGGUGCGAGAGUCCUCUCCCCGUCGUCUGAGUCCAACCGAGUCGGUUGGGUAGUUGAUGCUGGUCAUGACUUUCCCGAUUUCCUACGUGACAUGAUAGCUGCUUGGGAUACUGCCGUGCUACUGAGAUCGCGCGACGCUCCGACAACGAAAGGCUGGAACGGUUACGGCGCUAAUGAGCACCGAGCUUUCAAGUAUUUGACACCAAAACUCCGCAUCACCGCAGAAGACUUGUCACCACAGCUGUUGACGGCAAAGUCAUUCCAUCUGAUUUGCGCUCCAGCCCGUUGCGUCGAUUUGGUCCAGGGGAUCAAGUCUCGUCGGGCAGCGCUCGGCCAGUCCCUCGACGAACCUCUCUUUAUCUGGGAGCCCGUGCCUGAUCUCUGUGUGCCCGCUGAGAUGGACAACACUAUCAAGGCGCUCGAACACGUCCAUGUCAUAAGUCCUAACCACGCAGAGUUGUCAGACCUGUUCUCGGUCGUCGGAACUACUGAGUCCGGUGAUGUUGAUCGUCAAGUCAUCGAAGCUUGUAGCUCCAAGCUGCUUGCCAGCGUGUCUAGCGAAAGAGCAUCCAAGAUAGCGGUAGUUGUGCGGUCAGGCAAGGAUGGAUGCUAUGUUAAGUUGGCAUCCAAGCAAGCAUGGCUGCCAGCGUUCCACGCACCCACUCCAGCCAAGGUUAUUGAUCCCACGGGCGGUGGUAACGGCUUUCUUGGAGGAUUGGCAGUCGGCCUCGUCAGAACAGGUGAUGUGGUAGAGGCAUGCAAGUGGGGUAAUGUAGCGGCGAGCUUCAUGAUCGAACAAGUAGGAGUGCCAGUGCUGCAAGUGGAAGAGGGAGUAGAAAGAUGGAACGGAGUGAUAGUGAGAGAAAGAAUGGAGGAGUACUCGUUGCGAUGCAGGAAAUGA